UUGUUUGUUUCCUUUCUAUCGAUUCUUUCGAGAGAGCGGACGCGCCGCUGACGUAUUUUCCAAUUAAAAACCGUUCGAUUUUGGGUUUGUUGAAUCAGCAGCUGCGGGUUGUGCUGUGAUUUUCGAUCGCCGAUCGUCGUUCAACAGGUCGUACGAAAACAGAAUCCAUAAAUGUUUGCUUCCGGAGUGGAUAUGAAGCCGCAAGAUUCGUAAAAGUUCACAGUGUAGUGAAGGAAAAAGAAAGGAGUUCGGAUUUAACAAACUUCCGGAAGUGAUCCAAACACAAGCAGUGAUCAGUUGAAGAAAGCAUUCUUUGGCAAGGAGCUUCACCUACGACCACCUAUACUUCAGCUAGAACGGAUACAAUCCUGCGAAAACUGUUUCGAGGUCACUGCGGAGUUGGCCAACGAAUUGGAACGUGUUUAAAGAACACUCCAACCAUCCACUGAGUGCAGCCUGUUCAAUCGGACCCCCCUCUGCACAGAACCGCGGCCACCGUCCUCGUCACCGUGGAGCAAAAACACAGCCAAACCGUAACCGGCAAGAAGAUGGCGGCCAGCACGGGCGACAUUUGGUUGCAGUGGUUCUCGUGCUGCUUCCAUCAGCCGCAGAGCCCCGGCCGUCGAAGACACCAUCAACGGCUGCGGAUCGACCGCUCCAUGAUCGGGAAUCCGACCAACUUUGUCCACACGGGCCACAUUGGAUCGAACGAUGUCGAGCUAUCGACGAACCAUCUCUCCGCCAUACAGAAUCAGAUGCAGAGUAAAGGUGGAUACGAGAUGAACUCGCUCAGGUUACAGACCUGUUGAUAGUUGUUGGUGUGGCCUCCAACCUGCGCCCUGUUUACUUUGCAUCAGUGCCUUAAAAAUGCAAGCAACGACUAACGGAAUAGAUCGACAUCUUUGACCCAAAGUGACAAAUCAACGGCGUGUGCGAGGGACAAUGUUCUGGCACCAUGAGGGCUUCAGGUUCCACAAGCACUUCGAAUCGUGCAACUGUAUAUAUUGAGUCUGUAAAUAGUUUCACUAUCGCUCGCGAUUAAUUUAAGAACGCAUUUGGCUAACUUUUGUUAACGAUCGUAUAAUAUUGAGACCGAAAGUUGGGUAUCGAAGAAAACUGUCUCGCUGCCAGCAGUACGAAUCAGAGUGGAGACUUUCUGGAAAAUGGCAGCAAACCAGACAUGGGGAAGUUUAAAAAUAAUUGGUGCAGUACUGUAGUGAAAUGGGAACUGAGCGAAAACAGUAAUACAGCGGCAUGUUUGCGUUACUCAUG